CCCUAUAUUUCACAAAUAACAAAACGAGGAUUAAACGGCUAUCCACCCCUUUAUUCAUGGCCACGACCGUUUCCUCCUCCCCUCUCUUUCCUCCCCACACGUUGUCACAAGUUACAAGAAAAAUGAUAAUAAUAAUAAUAAUAAUAAUAAUGAAAGGGUUAUAAAAAGACUAAAAUAGAAUAAUACAAUUUGAUGAUUUUUACUAUAUUUAUUUAGUUAUUAUUUAUGGGAUAUUAUGUUUCCACAAAAGUCUCUCAAUCUUUAAAAAAAUUUAAAAAAAAUUAAGUAAAAAUGACACCAAACAGAAAUAUCAAAAAAAAGUCUACAACAAAUCCAGACCUCCAUGUUGACAGAAACUGGUGACCCAUUCAAUCUCCAACUGAUUUUAAUUUGUUUUAGGUUUCUAAUAUCUCCAAUCACAACCCUUUUCUCCUUUUGCUACCACAAUUCUUUGAUCUUUUUCUUUCAGAUUCUGGAUAUUCUUUUGGAGAUUUUGCUUGUAUUAAGGGGUUGUUCUGGGGUUGCCCCCAUCAAUGUCACCAAUUCCUGCAAUGAGGCCUCACUCAUCCCAGAGCAACAUUCCACCGGAAGAAGCUGCGGAAUGUGAAUCCAAGAAGGUGGAGGCUGUUACAAGGAGUAAUAGUAAAUUCGAUACAAGCUAUAGUUCCAAGAAGACAGACCAGAUAGCAAAAUAUGGUGCUAAUAGUAACCCGUCAUCUUAUGACUCACCAAAAGGACCAGCUGGAUUUAGCAAAAUUACUGAAAAUGUGAUUGCAAAUCCUCUCUUUGAUCCUAAAAAGAUGGACCCAUUAACCAAAGCUGUAGGCAAUACAAGUGCAAAUCACCGUCCAAGUCCUAGUCCACUGGGAUCUUCAAUUACUCAGCUCCAAACAACUCCACCAUCAUCAAUGGCGAAUGCCAAGGCAAACCAUGUCCUGAGCAGCAGCAGCAGUUGUCGCAGCGACAGCUUAGAGAGCUCCAGUGCACCGCUUAAGCCACAUACAGGAGGUGAUGUGAGAUGGGAUGCUAUUAAUAUGAUCAAUGCAAAAGGCUCAAUUGGUCUGAGUAAUUUUCGGCUUCUGAAACGUCUUGGAUAUGGAGAUAUAGGAAGUGUUUAUCUUGUUGAACUUAGAGGAACCAAUGCCCAUUUUGCUAUGAAAGUAAUGGAUAAGGCGUCUCUUGCAAGUAGAAAUAAGCUGCUUAGGGCACAAACAGAAAGGGAGAUUCUUGGCCUCCUCGACCAUCCAUUUUUGCCCACAUUAUAUUCUUAUUUCGAGACUGAUAAAUUCUACUGCUUGGUCAUGGAGUUCUGCAGUGGAGGCAAUCUGCAUUCUCUUCGCCAGCGGCAACCUUACAAGCAUUUUACUGAGGAAGCUGCAAGGUUUUUUGCAUCAGAAGUAUUGUUGGCGCUGGAGUAUUUGCACAUGUUAGGCAUUGUUUACAGGGACUUGAAGCCAGAAAAUGUACUAGUAAGAGAUGAAGGUCAUAUAAUGCUGUCGGAUUUUGACCUCUCACUUCGCUGCUCAGUUAGUCCAACCCUUGUCAAGUCCUCAUCUGUAAAUGUAAGCAAUGGUGGUGGAAAUGGUGGGGGAGGCAUUUUAGACGACGAAUUUGCAGUUCACGGAUGCAUGCAGCCAUCAACAUUUUUCCCCAGGAUUUUGCCUAGCAAAAAGAAUCGCAAAUCCAAAUCAGACUUCGGUCUCUUUGUUGGAGGAGCACUGCCAGAAUUAAUGGCGGAGCCAACAAAUGUACGAUCCAUGUCAUUUGUAGGCACCCAUGAAUACUUAGCUCCAGAGAUCAUUCGUGGAGAGGGUCAUGGAAGUGCAGUGGAUUGGUGGACUUUUGGGAUUUUCUUAUAUGAAUUGUUACACGGAACAACUCCUUUUAAAGGCCAAGGAAAUAGGGCUACCCUUUUCAAUGUUGUAGGGCAGCCAUUGAGAUUCCCAGAAACACCGCAAGUUAGCUUUGUGGCUAGAGAUCUCAUCAGAGGACUUCUUGUUAAGGAACCUCAUAAAAGGAUUGCAUAUAAAAGGGGAGCUACUGAGAUUAAACAGCACCCCUUUUUUGAAGGAGUGAACUGGGCUCUGGUCAGAAGUGCAAUGCCUCCUCAUAUACCUGAACCAGUAGACUUCUCACAGUAUGCUAGCAAAGAGCCACCCCCUCAAGCUAAUAAUAACAACAAGAUGACAAACAUUGGAGGUGAGAAAGGUAAUGGUAGUCCUCAUCAUCCUGAUUCUUAUAUAGAAUUUGAGUACUUCUAGAAUGGAUGUAUGGACUAAAAUUAAGAUUCCUAUACUUUUCCAUGAUCAUGACUGAGUUACAUGCAUCUUUGAAGUGAAAUUUUUAUGUUGUACAAAAAGAGAAUUAAUUUGAUCUCUUGUAAGACGUAAAAGUGAGAGUAAAUAUGUUUAAGAAGAUUUUGUUGUCAACAAUUUGAUUGAUUCGUUCUCACUCCCAGGAGAGAAAAAAUAAGUAUUGUAUAUCAAAGGAAGGAAUAUAUAUAAAUAUAUAUUUUCAACAAAUUCUAUUCAGUAAUUUGUGUGUUUUGAUUUA